AUGAGUCCAUUCCCUGAACAAACGAAGAAUUUUGCUGCGAAAGUCGAGUUCCUCAAUUCCACACAGAGAUGCAAGCUUCUGCAAGAUCAUUUCACGGAGUAUUUAUACUUCCAUUUCAAGAAGGACCCAGACUGGACGUUUGAAGAAGUUAAGGAGUACCGAGCCAAAGCCCAGACUGCGGAAAGCACAUUUCUGGACCUUUUUCGUGGCAAAGCUCCAUUCAACAACCGUACAGAGCUAGAGUCAUACAUGCGCGACGCUCAUGAGAACGAUACCGGAACUGUGAUCAUUGCACAACUCGAAGCUUGGUGCGAUGAACUCGUUGCUGCACAUGCCUCCUCUCUGCAGUCGGUAAUGAUGGAGGACGAUGGAGCCUUCCAGCUCAACAAAACUCUGAGUCCGUUCCUGUCGUCCAGCAGCUCAUCAAGUAAAGAACCAUGCCUCUGGCCAAUUGUGUUCAAGGUCAGGUAA